ACCAACCGCCGCACUCGUGGGCGGCAAUCACGGCUACUCGGCGUCUCUAAAAUCCUACUUCUCGAACACCCUAGCGGCUAGAAUCCAGAACAAGCGUGAGAUUGCAGAUUGGACGGAACCAGACACGGGGGAUGAGGAGAGGACUGGGGAACUACCCGUAGCGGCGCAGCCAUCGCCUCUGACCGGCCGGCGCCUGGACUAACAGACGACUACUUAUUGCCGGCGUGUAUCACCAGCGGCGUUUUUGAGAGUUCUAAAAAACACCCUGCAGUAUCACCAGAGAUGGCGGAGCCUGCGCCUGGACUUCACGGCUGUAGCUCCUGUAGUUUCACGUGGGCGUAUUUUGAAUCUUCUCAACGUACACCUGUAGCUCCUGUAAUUCACGCCGUUGGUGUAUUUUGAAAUUUAUCGACGUACAGCUUUAGAGGUGCUUUUUUUUUGUUUUUUUCUCGACAUACACCACAACAAGAAGCAAUGGCGGAGCGAUCUCCGCGAUCGCCCCUCACCGGCCGGCGCCUGGACUUCACAGCUGUAGCUCGAGGCACGGAGGGGCCUGUAGCGCAGGCAGCGGCGCAAGACGCGGAGAUGGGGGAACCGACGGUUGGCACACCAGCGGCAGACGCGGGGAGCGAUGGAGCGACGAUGGUCUUGCAAGUUUCUGCAACACCUGCUGCUGCUGCUGCUCCUGCUGAGGUGUCCGUUGCGGUGCGAAACGCGGAGAUUCGGCGGGGGAUAACGGCGAUCAAGGCGGAGAGCCAGCGGCAGCGGACUGGCCUCGUCCAGGAGCUACUGGCAGAGAAUCGGAAGAAUCUUCUUGCUGUCAAAAUGAAACACAGGGCCGCUGCCUGUGCUGCGGCAGGAGGUAUCCCCUGGCCACGUCAGCAAAAUCCUAGUCGGCAUCAAGUGAGCAGCGACGCAGGUCCGGGAGCAGGUCCGGGAGCAGGUUCGGGGCUGGCAGUCUUGGGAGUAGCUGGUUCGGGAGUGGCAGGCUGGGGGGCUAUCUCAGCGGUAUUGAAAAGGCCUGGCACUACGGAGGAAGGAGCAUGGGCAGCAGCAGCAGCAGCAGCAGGAGCAGCAGCAGCAGGAGGAGGAGGCGCAGCGGGAGCAGGAGGAGCAGGAGGAGGAGGGAGAGGUGGCGGGGGUGACAUGGCUUCUGCAGUUCCGCGGACUAACCCAAUCAAGAUGGCGGCUGUUCAGAACGUGCCGACCUUCACCACCUGGAUCUUCCUCGCCAAGAACGAGCAGAUCCCAGACGAGCAGUCCCUAGUGGGAAGGCGGAGGCUGUAUUACGAUGCGGAGAAGGAGGAGACGACAGUGUGCAGUGAGUCAGAGGAUGAGGGCACGCCGUCCAGCCAGCUCAAGGACUUCAGUGCCGUGCAAGAUGCGCUCAUAUGGAGGACCAUCCAGCAGCAGGGCGACUCAGGCACUGUGAUUGAGCAUCUGGCGUCGUCCCUCAACGCCCAGGCAGAGCAGAUCCACGUGCGGCACAAGGAGCUGAAGGAGCAAUACCAAGAGAUUCUGGAAUUUCUUGAGAAGAAGAAGCAGCAGCAGGAGCAGGCACUUGCCGGGGCAGAGACAGCAGAGGGUAAGGGGAACAGAGGGGAGGCAGCAGACUCAAAAGUGGCAACUGGUGCAACGGCAGCAGCAGGGGCAGCAGAGACAGAAGUGAGAACAACAGAUGCAGGAACAGGAGCAAGCGGAGCAAGAGGAGCAAGAGGAGCAAGUGGAGCAAGUGGAGCAAGAGGAGCAAGUGGAGCAGGUGGAGCACAAGAAAGCACAGCAGAAGGAGGCACAGCACAAGCAGCAGCAGCAGCUGUAGAAACAGGAGCAGGAUGUGCAGAUUGUUUAGGGUCAGAGUCAGAGCCUGAGUCUGAGCCAGGCAGUGUGGGAAUGGAGCUGGUCUGGAGAAAGAAGCGAUCCAAUGCAGGUGGAUGGGAGGGAGGGAUCGGCUCCGGAUGCUGCAGAAGAAAGGCCAGGCUUGCAGGCAGCAGUUGAAAGGUUGUCGUUAGCAGCAACAG